GUUUUUGAACGCGCAUAUUCUAUUGCACAUCACUUCGUCAAGCUCUUAUGGUGUUGGGUAUCCCUACGAAUUUGAAGCUGUCACCCUGAGGUGGAAGCUUUUACUUCUGAAAGACGUCUGCACGUGAUAAGGUAUCAAGCUAGCUAAUCGCGGCAGCAUUGCUAGGGCAGCCGCAAACAACAAAAACAAUUUAGCGGGUCUUGUCGCGAUACCGCACUUUAAGCACUUUAACCUAAUUUAUCAACCAGCAUUCUUCUUGGAUAUGUACUCCUAACGAGAGCAACACUAGGCGACUCUACAACGAAACACCAUGUCCGGAAGUUUCCGUCAAAGUACCGGUGGCGGAUCGUUGUCGAGGUCAAGGGUUACCUCGUUCCGCGCAUCGUUACAAAAAGCAACACAACCUUCCUAUAACUUUCUGACUGGCACCGAAGAUGUACAAGCUUCCCAUCAUGCUAGACCUUCGUCACGACAAAGCCAUGUGGGCGCAGAAUCCCUCCGAGCCUCGUCGCGCGAGAGUUCCAAGGAAAAUCUUGCGCCACCCGACGCAGAAGAGUACGAAACUCAGCGAAGGAGAAUAGAGGAGCUCAAGGCUGAGCUUGCUACGAUGCACUACAAACUCGAGAACUACGAGCAAGAGAAGGAAAUGAUAGCUUUGCAACAUGACAAUGAAUUACGAGAUGUACGACGGAAAGCCGAAGAUGACUUCAAACAAAAACAGGCCGCCGAAGGUGAUAAGAAUAAGGCACAGCGUCAGUACGAAAGUAUGCAAAAGGAAUUGCAGGAGCUUAAAGAAAGUUCUAUUAGCGAAAAACUCGAAGUCGAGAAGAAGGCCCGAGAUGCAGAGGAUGAAGCGCGUCUGCUAAGAGAGCAAUUGGAAGACUUGUCAGCGGCAAAAGAGGAGGGAGACCGGAUGGCCCAAAAGAGGAUUAGUGAUAUGGAAACCCAGCUUUCAAAUCUUCGAGAGGUCAUCCAAGGGCUAGAAGAGGAUGGCCAUUCCCGAGAAGUCUCAAUACAAAUUGCACAACAGCAGCUUCUAGAGAAGGAUAAGCUCAUCGGCAAUUUAGAAGCUGAUGUAUUGCGCCUCAAGGCGCAAACCGGCGACGCUGAAACUAUCGCUAUCAUCCGGCGUGAACUCACAGAACAAGUCCAACACAUCAGAUCACUCGAGUCGAAGAAUACUAAACAGCAUGCUGAAUUAACUCAUCUAAGGCAAAUACAUAGGGCUGUGGAAGUUGUGGAGGAAGAAAAGCGGUCGCUUCAACGGCGGCUUGAGGCCGCCGAAGCUCUUGAACCCGAACUCAAUGAGGCCCGGCUUCAGAGACAGAGAUUGGAGGAUGAACGUUUGGCAUGGACUGCCUACCUCCAAAAUGCUAGCGUGGAAGGUGGACUUAUGGAGUUCGACUCUCCCGAGGCGGUCGCGCGUGCGCUCGUGGAGGAGCGAUACAACUCGGCUUCUCUUGUAGAAAGGCUCGGCGAGAUACAACCUCAAAUCACGGAACGUGAUGCGAUUAUCAAGGCCUUAGAAAGUGAACGCAAAAACUUGAGCGCGCAAAUAGAAAAACUGAAGACUACUGUGGCACCUGUAUCGGCAGGCAAGGCACAGGCUCGGAUAGAGCGCCAGCGUGCCCUUGCCAUCAAAGAAGUCGAGUAUUUGCGCGCCCAGCUCAAAGCCUUUGAUACAGAAGACGAAACCUUCAACUCUGAGAAUUUCGAUCAGAGCAAGGCUGAUCGUAUCUCAGAGCUUGAAAAGCUGGUUGAUCAGUACAAGGAAGAAGUUCAGACCAUGCAUAAUGAACUCUCUGCCCUGGAAUCAUCUGGCAACACAGCACCUACCUCUAUCGGGUCUAAGCGCAGCCAUUCUGACGAGUCUGAGAGUGAGCAGCUCGGUGAACUCAACAGAAAGCGCAGGAAGCUGGCCGACGAGCUUUCGAAACUGCAGACACAGUACCAAGUCCUUCAAAAAGAACACGAAGUUCUACAAUCACGCCUCGCAGCCGCUGAAUCGACUAACAAAAUCCGCGUCCUAUCUCUACGCUCCAACCCUACUUCCGACUUCGAAGCGAUUAAAACUGCCACGCUACAGGCCCUCAAGCAAGAGAACAAGGAACUGUUAGCGCAGCUACAAAAAGAAGCCCGCCGCAACCCUAACCCGAACAUUCCCCUAAUUCCGGCAUCACAAUUAGCUGCGGCACGUCGCGAAAUCGAAGAAGCGCAGCGGGAGACGGCAUCGGCGCAGAAGACGACGCGGCGACUGAAAGAGGUGUGGGCGGCCAAGUCACAGGAGUUCAAAGAGGCCAUCUUCAGCACGCUGGGGUGGACCGUGACGUUCAUCCCCAAUGGUAAAAUGCGCGUGGAAAGUUUAUACUGUCCUAGUGUCACCGACGAGCAGGAGAAUAGUAUCGUCUUUGACGGCGAGCGCGGCACCAUGAAAGUCGCUGGCGGACCGCAAAGCCCCUUCGCCCGCCGCAUCCAGGAUCAAAUCCAGUUUUGGGUCCGUGAUAAGGGCUGCAUCCCAGGUUUUUUGGCCGCCCUUACGCUCGAGUUCUACGAGGAACAUACUAGAGCUAGUCGGUAGUCCGAUGGACUACUUGAAAGCUACGGAAUCAGCGGCUACUUCUAUGUACUAGUUAAGGACGAGUACGAUAACUGUGUUGAUGGGUUCGAAUUACGAUAGAUAUCUUUGAUAGCGUGGCGACGCUCUUCAUGUUUGUUCCACGGUAUGAGGAGGUAUUGUGUGAUACGAUGCGGCAUAGCAUAGCAUGUAAUGAUUACUACCUAUGAAGGCGUUCGGGACGAUAAGACACAUUGCUUAUAUCCAAACGAUUUGGCGCUACAAGCUCACUUUUAACUACUUGUCUCUCCAAAAUAGAGGGUAUAAAUAAUAUACAACACAUUUGAAUAUUC